AUACUGUCUGAACCUCCCUCAGCCUCGGCUCGGCGACGAUCAAUGGGUUUUCUAGCUAUGGACGGUCAAGAUAAGCCGAUCAAGUUCUUGAUCUACGGCCGUACUGGCUGGAUUGGCGGCCUUCUUAGUAAGAUCUGUAAAGAGCAAGGAAUCAACUUCGAGUACGACUCCGGCCGCCUCGAGGACCGCGCCUCGAUCGAAGCCGAUAUUGGCGCCGUUAAGCCGACUCAUGUGUUAAACGCCGUCGGCGUUACAGGCCGUCCCAACGUCGAUUGGUGUGAAUCGCAUAAGGUCGAGACCAUCCGUACUAACGUCGUCGGGACCUUGAACCUCGCCGACAUUACUCGGGAGCGAGGACUUCUUCUUCUCAACUACGCCACUGGAUGUAUAUUCGAGUACGAUUCUGCUCACCCGCUCGGGUCCGGUAUCAGAUUCAAGGAGGAGGAUAAGCCUAACUUCAUCGGAUCCUUCUACUCCAAUACUAAGGCCAUGGUGAGCAUUGUCACCUAUCAAAUUUUUAUUAUUUUUUGCUUUAAUUUACUAUUGAAUUAUAGUCAUGUAUUAGAUCUGGGAUUGUUCUUUUGGAUCUAUGCCAUUAUCUCAAAUUUUGGAUUAAAUCUGUGCUUUUUAAUUGUUAUGUGCUUGAUUUCAUGAUUCAAGUUCAUUUAGUUGACUAAGAUUGAAUCUGUUAAAGUUGGUGUGAAGAGAGUAAGAGUGUAGUUGACUUUAAAAGGUCAAAGAUCAAAGGUCAAAGGGUGUGUUUGGUAAAUUUUGGGAUGUUCUCUGUUUUGAGUGAGUGGUUAGGCACAUGGUUUGCCUAUAUAUUUGGUGAGUUUGAAGCAUUAUACUUGCUGCAGCACUGUGUUCUUCAGAGAGUACAAGAACACCGGACCAGGUGCGAGCAACGGUAGACGAGCUAAAUUCACCAAGUUACUAAUGUAUGACCAAGUGAAGCCUUAUAUUAGUCUUGGUUUUAUUAAGGGUUCAACCUGGUUGCUAGAAAAACAGGAAGAAUAUAAUGAUGAGGAUAAAAAUGAAAUAAACUUUAGGGAACUUUGAAAUAAUAUGAGUAUUAAGAAAUGUUACCUACCAAAAUAAUUUCAUUUCUA